UUCUGGUUCCUCGUCUGGGAGUGGCAUUUAGGACAAGCCAUAGGAAGUUGGACGAAAUUGCAUUCCACUUUAAGAAUGAAUGGGUGAGACCAAAGCUUGCUUGCUCACUCCUGUAAUACCAGGAUUGGUGGGCUGAGACAGAACCGCGAGUUCGAGGCUACACUGGGCUGCUACAGAGAUCAUCAUGCCUAGAGGUGGUAACAUAAAAAAGCCUCUUCCACUUCAGAGUUCUUGUUUAACAAGUGAAUCUCACAAACAGCUGGAGUUUUUGCCUGACAGGCUGGGAGCAAAGCUGCUUCCUUUCCAGAAAGAUGGCAUCAUUUUUGCCCUCAGAAGACAUGGCAGGUGCAUGGUGGCUGAUGAAAUGGGUCUAGGAAAGACCAUCCAGGCAAUUGCAGUUGCUUACUUCUAUAGAGAAGAAUGGCCUCUUCUGAUAGUCGUCCCUUCGUCUUUGAGGUACCCUUGGACGGAAGAAAUAGAGAAGUGGAUUCCAGAGAUAGAACCAGAGGACAUCAAUGUCAUUCAAAGUAAAACUGAUAUUGGGAGAAUAUCGACCAGCAGAGUGACGAUUCUGAGUUAUGGCCUUUUAACCACAGACGCAGAGACCUUGGUAGAUGCCCUGAACAGUCAGAACUUCCAGGUGGUCAUAGUGGAUGAAUCUCACUACAUAAAGUCCAGGACCGCAGCCCGCAGCAGAAUUCUGUUGCCCAUGGUGCAGAAAGCCAGGCGAGCCAUUCUCCUCACGGGAACCCCAGCCCUGGGAAGGCCUGAAGAGCUUUUUAUGCAGAUUGAAGCUCUCUUUCCCCAAAAAUUUGGAACAUGGACUGACUAUGCCAAACGAUACUGUAAUGCACAUAUCAGAUACUUUGGUAAAAGAACUCAGUGGGAUUGUAGAGGGGCAUCAAACCUCAACGAACUUCACCAGCUACUAAGUGACAUCAUGAUUAGAAGAUUAAAGACUGAAGUUCUCACCCAGCUGCCCCCCAAAAUCCGACAGCGGAUUCCUUUUGAUCUUCCAUCUGCAGCCGCCAAGGAAUUGAAUACAAGCUUUGAAGAAUGGCAGAAAUUAAUGAGAGCUCCAAAUUCCAGCACCACCAACACUGUUAUGGAGUUGAUCACACGCAUGUUUAAGCAAACUGCUAUUGCCAAGGCAGGUGCUGUCAAGGAUUAUAUUAAGAUGAUGCUUCAGAAUGACUCGCUUAAGUUUCUGGUUUUUGCUCAUCACUUAACUAUGCUGCAAGCCUGCACAGAAGCAGUCAUCGAAAACAAGACUCGUUACAUCAGGAUAGAUGGAAGUGUGCCGUCUUCAGAAAGGAUCCAUCUGGUCAAUCAGUUUCAGAAAGAUCCUGACACUCGGGUGGCAAUCCUGAGCAUUCAGGCUGCUGGCCAGGGCCUAACAUUCACUGCCGCGAGCCAUGUCGUGUUUGCUGAGUUGUACUGGGACCCUGGACAUAUAAAGCAAGCCGAAGACCGCGCUCACCGAAUCGGACAGUGCAGCUCUGUGAAUAUCCACUACCUUAUUGCGAAUGGCACUCUGGACACCCUCAUGUGGGGAAUGUUGAAUAGAAAGGCUCAGGUCACAGGGAGCACAUUGAAUGGGAGGAAGGAGAAACUUCAGGCUGAGGAAGGUGAUAAGGAAAAAUGGGAUUUUCUUCAGUUUGCCGAAGCAUGGAUUCCAAAUGACAGUUCUGAGGCUCUCGGGAAGGAAGUUUUGUUCACUCAUUUUGAAAAAGAAAAGCAACAUGAUAUUCGAUCAUUCUUUUCGCCAAAACCUAAAAAGAGACAGUUGGAGACACCUUGUGAUGAAUCAAAGAUAUUCAAAGAGAAAAAGGCUGUGAUAGCAUCAGACCCUAGAAGAACAACUGCAGCAGACAGCACUGAUGAAAAUGGCUUCGAAAUGGAAGCUAAGAGGAUGAAGUUACUCCCCACCAAUAACAGCACUCCUCUGAAGGAGAAACUGUCCCAGCAGGCCAAAGCUGCACUCAUGGAAUGUGUCCCUGAGGCCAGGUUCCCCUCAGCCACUCACACUCCUCCUGGGCAGGGCUGGCAGUGUGAGUUCUGCACCUUCUUCAAUGACCCCCGGCUUCCUUACUGUGAAAUGUGUGAGAAUCCUCAGGGCAGGAAUGACAAGCUCAGCUAUACCCAGAUUAAAGACAACAACAAGAAAGAUGAUUCUCCAAACGAUGGCUGUGAAAAACAAGUCCCUGAACAGUCAGAACCUGACCAGCUGGCUGAGAGCAAAGAAGAAAGUUCUGAGGCUGAACAGGAAGGACUCAUGCCCCAAGUGGGGAGCGAGCCAUUGGAGAAUUCAGACACUCUGCCAGUGUACAAGACCCUGAUGUUCUGUGCUAGUAAGAAUACUGACCGUAUUCACCUCUAUACUAAGGAUGGAAAACCAAUAUGCUGCAAUUUCAUUCCUUUGGAUAUAAAAUUAGACCUUUGGGAAGAUUUACCAGCAAGCUUUCAACUAAAACAAAAUCGCUCACUGAUUUUGAGGUUUGUUCGAGAAUGGAGUAGCCUAACUGCCAUGAAGCAAAGGAUGAUCAGGAAAAGUGGGCAGCUCUUCUGUAGCCCAAUCCUUGCUUUGGAAGAGAUCACAAAACAACAAGCCAAGCAAAGUAACACUAAAAGAUACAUAACCAAAGAAGAUGUUGCUGCGGCCUCCAUGGAGAAAGUGAAGAACGACGGGGGUCAUGUUCGCCUGAUCACAAGGGAGCCGCAGCCACAGGACCCUGCUGCGAAAGAUCUUGGAGAGAGAGCCUGUGUCCCAUCUGUAAGUCCUAGCGAGGCCCACGCUGAUCCCCCUGCAAAGCCUCCUUCAUCCAAAGGCUAUUUUCAGGCAGUAGAUAAUGAAGGAAAUCCAUGUUGCCUUUACUGUCAGCAACCCACUUGCCACAGUAAGCCAGAGGAGAAAACCAGCGCUUGGGAGUCACGGUUUUGUUCCCUGAAAUGCCAGGAGGAAUUUUGGAUUCGAUCUAACAACAGUUACCUAAGAGCCAGAGUAUUCGAAACUGAACAUGGGGUGUGUCAGCUGUGUAGUGUGAAUGCACAAGAACUCUUUCUACGUGUAAGAGAUGCCCCUAAGGGUCAGAGGAAGAACCUUCUGGAUGCUGCCUGGACUUCAAAGCUCCCGUUGAAGCAGCUGAAUGAAAUGAUAAGAACCCCAGGAGAAGGGCAUUUCUGGCAAGUGGACCAUAUCAAACCCGUGUAUGAGGGAGGGGGACAGUGCUCCCUGGACAACCUGCAGACUCUCUGCACAGUCUGUCACAAAGAGAGAACCGCCCGACAAGCCAGGGAGCGAAGCCGGGCGCUGCGACAGUCUGCGGCACUGAAGCAUGCAUCCGACAUCACGCAGUUUUUGGUAAAGAAGUGAAGUAGAAGUGGGGUGUGGCGGUGCCCACCUUAACCUUAGCACCUUGGCGUCUACGGUAGGAGAAUAACCAUGAGUUCAAGGCCAGCCUGGACUAGAAAGUGAAUUUUAUGCAAAGAACUUUCAGUGUUGAACACUCCUCAAAGUUCUUCCCAGAAGCAGGGGUGACAGGAAAUAGUUCGGUUCCAUGCAGGUUGUCAGCUGUGUCUUGGCAAGAUAUUAAGCCAUCCUUCCCCCUGGUAUGCCUUCAUCUCUGUAUUGUGCAUAGGUAAUAUUUGAUAAGCGCAUUCUCCGUUCCCUGAAAUGCCUUUGGUCAGCACUGGUUCUGGACUGUCAUAGAUAUAAUGGGGAGAAUUUUGGAAGCAAAUUAUUGUUCAUAACUUUUGCACUGUGACCAGCAUCCUUAUUGUAUGAGAGACCUAGGUGCCUCCCUGGCAGGCUUCUGUCAUGUUUUGGGUGUUGCUGUUUUUGUUUUAUUUCUCAUUUGGUGACCAUUCUUGAAAAGAUGCUUUUGGAAAUAAACUAAUUACUAUGUACUUGCG